AUGGCGUCUAUUGGGAGGCUCGAUGACAAAGUUGCACUAGUGACAGGUGCCAGUUCCGGUAUUGGUGCCGGCACAGCCAUAUUGUUUUCUCAGCUGGGAGCCCGUGUCAUCAUCACAGGGAGGAAUGAGGAGAACCUGGAGAAGACAGCAGAGCAGUGUAACCAGGACAAGUACAAGGUGAAGCCGGUGCCGCUGAUUGGUGAUUUGACUAAAGAGAACGAUGUACAGCGUAUCGUGGACGAAACCACAGCGGCUGCAGGCAGGCUUGACAUAUUGGUUAACAACGCAGGGGUGUUUAGCGCUGUCAGUAUUGAAACAACAAGUCUUGAGGACUUUGACAAGAUAUUCAACAUCAAUGUCAGGUCUGUGUAUAAUAUAACAAUGCUGUGUGUGCCGUAUCUGGUGAAGACGAAAGGCAACAUCGUCAACGUCUCCAGCAUUGCAGGACUCCGUCCAUUUCCUGACAUUUUGCCGUAUAGCAUGUCAAAGAGUGCUCUUAACCAGAUGACCAGAUGUGUUGCACUGGAAAUGGCGCCCAAACAUGUCAGAGUUAAUGCCGUAAACCCAGUGGCGACUGACACCGAUAUCUUCAGACGUGCUGGAUUUAGUGAAGAGGACAAUGCCAAGCUCCUCGAACAAUGUAAGUCAGUACUCGCCCUGGGUCGAGUAGCAGAGGUUAUUGACAUUGCCAACCUCAUCGCCUACCUGGCCUCCGACAGCGCAUCGUUCAUGACGG